AUGAUUUUUCGCCUAGAAGUGAUCGGGCAGUUUCACUGCAAACUGCUCCUUUCCUCAGAGAUUGUAAAGGCAGAGGCCGGCGUCGUCGAACCGGUCAAACGAAAAACGAGCGUCUUCGAAGCCGGUACGGAGCAUGAGGCCAACGACAUUGAAGAAAGAAGAAGGAGAAGAAAUUUGUUUCUCGCUGAAGAAGGUGGGAAAAGCAAAGUUCCUACACACAUCUCCUAUGAAGAAUGGGAUUGUACCGCUCUGUUCCAGGCCACCAUUUAUGCAAGGUCCAUCGCUACGCCAGAUAGCAAAGUUCAUUACAAGACACUCAGUGAAAUGUACGUAAGGCACCAUAAAGUACCUCCCGGAAAGUUCCAUCCAUCUGUUGUGAGUCCAAGUGGAAAUACAGCCGAAACCUUCGCUCUUGCGAUUGAUCAGCUUCGACUUUUACGAAACUCCCUUUGUCACGCAGACAGGUCAGAGAUUGAUAAACCAACCUUUGACCAAUACGUGAAGCUUGCUAAAGAAGCAUUCAAAGCUCUUGGAAUCAUAACAGAUCCCAUUGAUGCCAUCGGUGGACUGACAGAGUCUGACUUUCCCACCAAAGAAGUUCGCAUAUUGGAAGAAAGUCUUAGACAGGAGACCAGAUCAUACAUCGAGUGUCUCGAAGAACUAAGAUCAGGUGUCGAGUGUCUCGAAGAAGUGAAAUCAGGCGUCGACAAAUUAAUAGCACAGGGGAAUGCGAUAAAAGAAAAAGUUGAUGACCUCGCUUUGUUGAAGGGAGAAAUAGAUGAUUUGAAACUUAACAUGGAUGAAGAUCAAACAGAUUCAAAGCCAUUCCUUCCACCAUCAAGUCUUCCUUCGAAGGUUCCACACUUCACUGGCCCUCAGAGAGAAUGGGAAGACAUCAGCAGUCACUUAACUUCCAAACGUUCCCGGAUCGUGUCGGUAUGGGGCUCGCCUGGUUUUGGUAAGACUUCUGUGGCAACUGAAGUCGGAAAUCGACUUCAAAUUGAUGGAUUUCUCGUAUACUUCUUCUCCAUGAGAGGGCUUCUUUCAAAGGCCGAUCUGACCACGCAGCUUCUGAGCUUCUUUAGAAGACACUCCACAAGAGAUCAAAUUCCUCAGCAGAUGUCCAUAGAAGAAGAACUUUUUCUCUUUCUAAGAGACAUUUCAGGUGAAUUUGUGAUGAUUCUUGACAAUGCCGAUGAAUUACUCGAAAGUGGAGCACCGAAUGUGAAGGAGGAUUUCAUAAACCUUCUGGAAGUCAUUCUUAGUCAAUUCAAGAAUUUAACAUUUCUUCUUACCACAAGGGAAUCUCUUGAAUUUAUGAAUGUGCAUUUUGAAGGCCAUCAAGCAGUAAGAAUAGGGCCAUUACACGAGUCCUUCUCUCAAACCUUAGUCGGCGGAUUACUUCCUAAAGCGACCGCGUCUGACUGCUCGAAAAUUGCGAAAAUCUGCGGGUUCGUACCUUUGGCCAUGAAACUGUUGUGUUCCUCCAUUACUGAAGAUAAUGCUCAGCCGAGUCAAUUUUUAGAUACCUUCAAGGAAUCAAUAGAAAGUAGCCUUUUCGAGCUGUUGGACAAUCCAGAUUAUCCAAGCUAUCUGCGAUUAAAGUUCCUAUUUGAAUCCUCUUUUCAGAGACUCUCUUUAUCUGAAAAAGAAGCGCUGGUAUCACUUAGUGUUCUUUCUGGAGAUUUUAACCACUCAGUUGCUACAGCUGUCAUGGGUGUAAAAACAACUCUGGAGGCCAAGAAAAUCUUGCAUAGGCUUCGGAGAAAAUCUUUCCUCGACUCUAGCUCCAAACCUGAGUCAUUUUCGAUGCAUAAGUUGAUUCUGUCGUUUGCAAGAGGAAGAGGUCAAGAUGAAAUGAAAGAAACCAUGCUGAACUCCAAAGCACGUUUGUCUGCAUUUUACGUCUCUCUUUUCGAGAAGCUAAAUAAACAGUUUUUGACAGGACAAUCCAUGCAAGCAUUUAUUGAUUUCUAUGAAGAGAAGCAGAAUAUUAUUCAGAGUCUUAUGGAGAGCUGCUCCGAUCCCAAGACAUGUGACGUUUCAUUUGGUGUCCUGACAAAGGCGGAAAUCUUUCUAGAUUCCCUUUUCUGGUGCGAGGGAAAAAUUAUCGACAAAAUUUAUGAUCACGCAACUGAAAAAGCUCAGGCGUUUGGAAAGAGCGUGUUCUACAGUCAGUUACUGUUGUCCUUGGCAUUCAACGAAGUGACUUGGGGGAUACAUGGAAGAUCGAUGACGCUGCUCUCUAAAGCCGAGGUCUUUUCUUUGUCGGUAGAUGAUAAAAGAAAACUCCUUUGUUAUAAAGGCAUCUGUCAACUGGUUUCAGGGAAAAUAGAUGACGGAGCUGAGAACUUACAAAAAGCUCUUUGCUUGGUGAGUGAUAGCCCCGAACAGCGAAUUCUCACAGUAUUUGCACUGCAAAUUCUUGUUACUUACUUUCUUUUCAAGAAAAAGAAAGCAACUUCUCUGGAGCUUUACACCACAGCCUUACAUGAAUGCAGAGCAUUAGGAGACACAAGUCUCCUUGUUAUUCCUCCAUUGAAUAACAAAGAAUUGAGAAUGAUCCAGACAGAUAUCCCGAAAUCAGAUGUUACAACCACUCAACCACUUAGAUUAGAAAUGAUAUGCGUUGUUAGCAAAGCGACGGAAAUGUCCUCUGAUUAUGAAACAAAGCAAGCAAUAAGCAAAUCUGUACUAAGGAUGUCAAAUGAAAUAGAUAAACAGAUCCUUCCACAUUCCAUUGGUUCAUGGACCUUCCAGCGCAACGUCAAUUCGACACUUAAAAAUGUACUGAAUAAUCCCGAGGAAGCAACAAAGUUGUGGGACACAUGGAUAAAUUAUCAUAAAAUGACCUUAAAACAAAGUGGAAAAGUUAAUGCAGGAGAUAAAGCUAAACCCAACAAACAUCUUGAUUUAAAUUGGCAUCAAGAAGGAUUACUAAGAAGCUAUUUGGACCGUGGGUGCGCUAUUCAUCAGAUGCAAAACUAUCCUGGUGCCAUUCAGUCCUUUCAACUUGCCCUCGACAUUGCAAUAGGACUCUUCGGGGAAGAACACCCAGACACAGCUCAAAGUUACUUUUCUCUCGGAGAAACACAACAUGCCUCAAGCGACUUCUCGUCAGCAGUUACGUCUUUUCAGCAUGCUCUCAAAAUUAGAACUAAACUCUUCGGAAAAGAACAUCCAGAUACAGCUCAGAGUUACUUUUCUCUAGGAGUAACCCAACAUGCCUCAGGCGACUUUUUGUCGGCGCUUCAGUCCAAACAGUGUGCCCUUGACAUAAGAGUUAAACUCCUCGGGGAAGAACACCCAGACACAGCGAAGAGUUACUUGUCUCUCGGAAAAACCCAGCACGCCUCAGGCGACGUUUUGUCAGCCCUCCAGUCCAAACAGCGUGCUCUUGACAUUAGAAUGAAACUGUUUGAAGAAGAACACCCAGAGGAAGCUAAGAGUUACUUUGACCUCGGAGUAGCACAACAUGCCUCAGAAGAUUUUUUGUCAGCACUUCAGUCCAAACAGCGUGCUCUUGACAUAAGAGUGAAACUCUUUGGGGAAGAACACUCAGACACAGCUCAGAGUUACUUUUCUCUUGGAGUAACCCAACAUGCCUUAGGCGACUUUUUGUCAGCACUUCAGUCCAAACAGCGUGCUCUUGACAUAAGAGUUAAACUUUUUGGGGAGGAACACCCAGACACAGCUAAGAGUUACUUUGACCUCGGAGUAACACAACAUGCCUCAGGCGACUUUUUGUCAGCACUUCAGUCCAAACAGCGAGCUCUUGACAUAAGAGUUAGACUCUUUGGGGAAGAACACCCAGAUACAGCUAAAAGUUACCUUGACCUCGGUGUAACCCAACAUGCCUUAGACGACUUUUUGUCAGCACUUAAGUCCAAACAGCGUGCUCUUGACAUAAGAGUUAAACUCUUUGGGGAAGAACACCCAGACUCAGCUAAGAGUUACUUUUCUCUCGGAGUAACCCAACAUGCCUUAGGCGACUUUUUGACAGCACUUCAGUCCAAACAGUGUGCUCUUGACAUAAGAGUUAAACUUUUUGGGGAAGAACACCCAGACACAGCUAAGAGUUACUUUGACCUCGGUGUUACCCAACAUGGCUUAGGCCACUUUUUGUCAGCACUUCAGUCCAAACAGCAUGCUCUUGACAUAAGAGUUAAACUCUUCGGGGAAGAACAUCCAGAUACAGCCGAGUAUUACUUCUCUCUCGGAGUAACCCAGUUUACCUCAGGCGACGUUUUGUCAGCACUUCAGUCUUUUCAGCGUGCCCUUGAAAUCAGAAUUAAACUCUUAGCGGAAGAAGAACCAAACAAAGCUUAGUGUUACUUUUCUCUCGGAGAAACACAACAUGCUUUAAGCGACUUCUCGUCAGGAGUUCAGUCUUUUCAGCCUGCUCUUGAAAUUAGAGCUAGACGAUAGUUACUUUACUCUCGAAGUAACCCAACAUGCCUCAGGCGACUUUUUGUCAGCACUUGAGUCCAAACAGCGUGCUCUUGACAUUAGAGACUAUUUGGGGAAAACAUCCAGACACACCUCAGCAUUACGUUUAUCUCGGAGAAACACAAAGUGCCUUAGGCAAUUUAUUGUCAGCACUUCAGUUUGAUCAGCGCGCUCUUACAGUUUUACAAUUAAAAUGAAAGAUUUUUCGCUUCAUUUCAACGUUUCAUUGCAGAAACUCGAUUAAAAACAUUUCAUGUCUCAAUAUGAGUUUAUUUGAGAUGAAGACAAGUUUAC